AUAAUAUCGGCCGUAGGAGCCGAGUCCGCGGCGAGCGAGCACUGGCGACAGAAACGUGUACGACGAAGUGCGGUCGACUCGUCGAUUCGCAGCUGUCUAACCGCGUUUGACAAUAUUAAAGUUUUUCUCGAAACGCGUGUGUAAAUAAACAACUUGUCUUAUUACUUUUCGUAAUGAAAAUGAAGUGAAACAAAUGUUUGUUUAUUAAACGUGCACAUACACAGUGUAGAGCUUCGAUAGUGCGAGCCUUCGAAACCUUAACCGCUUCUCGCAAUGACAAGGGAGAGCAUUCAGUUACCUUUUGAGAAAACGGAGGAAUUUAAAAUGUUCCCCAUGGUUUAAAUUGAUGCUUUUUUUAACAUAUAAGUGAAUUCGUCGAGUCUAAGGACUACUGUGUUUCGUUUUGUGACAAUUUGGAGCAUUUUGUUGGUUCAAAGUCAGUUGUUAGUCGCGAUUUGAAAAUGAGUGUUUUAAGUGAUUUGAGCAAGGCUGACUACAAAACAGCGAGCGAUGGGCUGUUGGAGCUCUCUGAGGAGCGUCUCCGGAGCAUCAUGCGCACGGAGCCCAUCACAGACGUGUAUCACGUCGAGCAGACGCCCUUUGCAAGGGGUAAAUUCGCGUCAGUCCGCAAAAUCCGCCACCUGGUCUCCGGAGAGGAAUACGCAGCCAAGUUUAUCCGCAAGCGAAGACGCGCCGCGGACACCACACGCGAAAUCUUGCACGAGGUGGCCGUGCUAGCGCUCUGCGCCUCCAGCUCGAGGGUCGUCAGCUUGCACGAGGUAUACGAGACACGCUCCGAGGUGGCGAUAGUGCUGGAGUUGUGCGCGGGCGGCGAGCUGCAGCGACUGCUGGACGAGGAGGAGCGGCUGACGGAGGGCGCGGCGCGGCGAGCCCUGCGCCACGUGCUGGAGGGGCUGGCGCACCUGCACGCGCGCCGCCUGGCGCACCUGGACCUGAAGCCGCAGAACCUGCUGCUGUCCGCCGCGGGCGAGGAGCUGCUCAUCUGCGACUUCGGCAUCAGCCGCGCCAUCCAGCCCGGGGCGCAUGUGCGCGAGAUACUGGGCACGAGGGAUUAUGUCGCGCCGGAGAUCCUGUCGUACGAGCCGCUGUCGCUGGCGGCGGACAUCUGGUCGGUGGGCGUGCUGGCGUACGUGCUGCUGAGCGGCUACUCGCCCUUCGCCGGCGACACCAAGCAGGAGACCUACCUCAACAUUGCGCAGUGCCAGCUGUCCUUCCCCAGAGAGCUGUUCCGCGGCGUCUCGCAGCGCGCCGUGCAGUUCAUACGAGAGACCCUUGUGGUUGAUCCCAAGGGUCGUCUUACAGUGGAAGAGUGCCUGGAGCACCCCUGGUUGAAAGACGAAUCAGACAUACCGCCCGCGAUCGUCGGCGUCGGCUUCGGCGCCACCGACCUCGCCAGCGACGACGACACGCCCAACGACCUCAACGGGCACAACGGCCACAACGGCAUCAAUGGCCACAAUGGCAUCAAUGGCCACAACGGCGUCAAUGGUCACAACGGCGUCAACGGACACAACGGCUCAACAGUCAACGGCGUCGGCUCGGUCAACGGAGUCAAUGGUUGCACAAACGUGAAUGGAGUCACCGUCACCGUCAACGGAGUGAACGGAGUCAAAGGACACAACGGCGUCAGUGAAUGCAAUGGCGCCAAUGGUGCGCACGACGAUGCUGAAUCAUCGUCUCGCCCCGCGUCGCCCGCGCCCGCCGGCGAGCGAGCGGAGCCGUGUGCGGAGGAGGAGCGCGACAAGCCGCUGAAGCACGCGCACGCGCGGGACGUGUCGCCGCCCUUCCCCGACGCGCCCUCCACGCCCAAGGUGUCGCGCAAGUCGCACCCGCACCCGCCGUCGGUGCUGGCGCUGUGCAAGAAGUUCCAGCCCGACUACGAGAAGCCGGCCGCGUGCGCCUGCCCCGUGCGCGCGCCGCCCGACCGCGCCGUGCUGUGCUAGCGCGCGCUGUGCUGCCUGUGGCGGCCCUAGCGACGCUGACGGACGCGCCGGCGACGGACGCGCGAGUGACGCACCGACGGACGCGCGACACGUGCUAUUGCGUUAGUGACGGACCGCUCCGACGCGCGUCGACGUGUAUUUGUGAUUGUUUCUUUGCAGUUAAUUGCAAACGAUUGUUGGAUUGAUUGAUUCUUUAUUUAGUCAAAUUGAGAUUCAGGUCAAUACAUUAAAUUUUACAUACUUUCCAGUUACCUAAUUUAUAUCCUGUAUUAUUGAGGUUUAUUUAAAAAAGUUGCAGUACAAAUACAGUAAAAAAGGCCUAAUGUCACGCACUAUAAACGACACAGACUUAAUUUUAGAAACAUGGGAAAAAAUCUAUUUACAAUUUUAAACAAAAUUUACAAUAAUAGAUAUAAAUCAAUACCAAUCGUCUAAAAAUUGUGAUGCAAAGAAACAAUCCUAACUCUACAGAGCAAGUCUCUCUGCGUCCCGUGCUCCGCCGCGCACGCGUGCUCCGGCACACCACGAGGAUAUUGCGCUCAACAUUGUAAGAGAUCAUAGUGUCGCGUGUGGACCAUUGACUGGUGAUAAGUGUAACAGAUUCGCCGUACUGAUAAAAUAUAUACUUAAAGCUGGCUUUUUUGACGUUUUUGAGUUCCGCAGAGCACGUUGAACUUGCUCUGUAGAACUCGAAACGUCUUUGUGGAUCUAGCGUGUCUAUUAUAACACAAUCAAUAUAAUUAUUGUGAAUUAAAUGUACCCGGUAUUUUCACUUGUUGAUAAUAAACUAUUUUGUGCAAAAGGUAUAAAUUUUAUUAAAAAUAUUAUACCAAAUUCACACUAAAAUCAAUACAAUUGGUUUUGUUAGCUGUAUUUAUUUUGUGGUCGAAAUACUAUGAAUAAAUGUAGGAAUUUUAUUAGGAAUGGACCAAUCGGAUCAUUGCUAAAAUGUCACGUGAUAUGUGAAUCGUUUGAUUGGUCCGUUCGUCCGCUUUGUUCUGCAAGAACGAAUGUUUUAUAUAGUUUGUGUUGUCAUAGAUUUUGUAAUAUGUAAAUGUUGUUUGUGCGAUCAUUCGGCGACUCGUCGACGACUCGCCAACGCUUGAUGAGUGUAUCGCAUAAAGUACAAUACAGUUGAAGUAGUCGUGUCGUAUCGCAGUCGUAUCGUAUCGUAGUCGUCGACGUGUCGCCCGCUAUCCAUGUGAAACAGUGAAAUUUAGAUGGUACGAAUUUGAUUGUACCCAAAACUGUACUGAUAUACUAUUGGCGUCUUAGUACGAGAUCCGGCAUAAGAAAUAUAUACCCUCAUCUGUUAUUUAUUUGUUAAGAAAAAAAUGUAAUUGCACAAUAGAAAAUAUUUACAUUGCACAUACGGUGCCCAGUUAAAUUGCGACCGGACAGUAUUAAAGUAUUUUCUUAAUUUAUUUGAUUUCCUUCCCUCAUUGGUUUGGUCCCUAAUUGGUUAAUAAAUAAUUGAAAAAGUAAAGGUUGCCUUUCACACUAUUUAUAUACUCUCGUCAGUUAUUUAGUAGUCUAAUAUGUCAAAUGAAAGCUUAUUUUAUGCUUAAUUUAGCUGUAUUAGAUUGCACUUGAUCUAGUUUUUGGUUUCCUAUAUUUUGUAUAAAAAUUGUGUUUGGGAGCAAUUUGACUAGGCGACCUCUUUGCAAUGUAUCACUGUGGACUGUAUCUAUCAUUUAUUUCAUAGCACUAAUGAAUAACAGAUGAGGGUGUAUAUUUGUAGUGCGGGAUCCUAGACUAGUAGCACGACUGUUGCUUGAGGCAGCUUCUGAGGAAGAAGCGCGAAAGCGUACAGCAAGCGUAUUCGAAGCGAUGUUAAAGCUACUAAAGGUUUUGGGUCCACUAAAAUUUGUCUCAAUAUCGGUUGUUAUAUUGUAUUACGAUGUUAUGUGUAACACGCCGAGCCGAUGGGCUGUAAAUAAGUUAAAUUAGGUACAUUUGUAUAUUUUAUAAUAGUAGGGACCCGAUUACGCGAACUCGACCGAUUUUGAUACUUGAACGAGUCGUCAUUGUGCGUAAAUUAAAAAAAAAACUGUACUGUUUAUGAAGAUAUAAUAAUAAUAAUUAUGAAUAUAAUAAUAAUUAGAAUUUUGAUAAUGAAAUAUUGAAAACAAUGAAUUAGUUUUAAUCAUAUAGUUAUUGUAAUUUAGAUAGUUAAUCGAAUGACUGCCAUGCCAACAACGUUGUAUAUUAAAAAAUAUAAAUGAAAUAUAUGUUGUUUGUAAAAGUAAUAAUUAUAUUAUAUGUGUAGGUGAUAGUGCAAAUUUUUCAAACCUUUUUGGUCCCAAACUGUGCCUUAGAGAGCAUUAACGAUAUCAAAUAUACCGUUUACACCAACGAAUUAUACUGCCAGUACAAGACGUAGUUAACGUAUUUUUUUUCUUACGUAACAAUUGGAUACGUAAUGCACAAGUUUACGUGAAAAAUUUUGUUUUCACUCGUUAGGGUUCAGAAUUAACUGAGGUUUCGAGUUCGUCGCAUAAUCGCGCUCCUACACUGAAGGUACAAAAUGCAUAAUCGAUUUACGUGAAUAUACGAACUCUGAUGGCCCUAUUUCGGCAGCACACGAUACUUUGCGCUAACUCUAUCACUACAUUUAGAUUUAGUUUAGUCGGUAAGCUUUUCGCAUUCGAUAAAAUGUCGUGUUCGAUAAAUUUCGAUGGUGGUGAUGGUUAUAGUGUGCGAUAUCGUGUGCUGGUGGAAUGUCGCACGUCUGAACCUAGCCUUAGCCGAGGCGCGCCUGUCUGUACAUGUGUUCUAAGGGCGUCGCGGGCCGACUGUACAUAGCAUGCGACACUACUGUCGGUGUCGCGCCUGUCGCAAACUCGCGCGAAUCGCGACCGAAACGUCGCGUCGACCGGCGUAACGGCAAUGAUACCACGCGGUGUCGCCUCGAUAUUCCGGUCGACGUAUAAUUUUGCAAUAUUGAGUAGGUGGUUGAGAUUUGCAAAUGUAAGAAAAUAUUGUAUGGCUGUUUGUGUCGUUCUCAAAAUUAAUGAUUUUUCAUCAUGAAAUUCUAACCGUUCCUAAGGUCGUGCAAGCAUUUGUUUAUAAUGUGCUUGUGCUAAUCAAAAUGACAAUCGAUGCGUAUGGUCCUUUGUCAUACACAACAAAUAUGAUUUUUUUUCCCAUACACAAAUUGCGAAUCCAUUGACUAUAAAUGAUAUAGACAAUGCCAUACAGUUUGUCAUACAAAAGUUUCUACAAACUCUAUAGUAACACUGUUUGCAAAAAUUCCGGUCGUCGUCCCGCGCCCGUUUGCGAGAGGCCUUAAUUUAUUGAAUCGGCCCCGCGCUCAGCCUUCCACUUAGAUAAUAAUAAUAAAAGAAUUGUUAUAACGUGUCGAUGACCGCGACACUGUAUUGGUCUGGCGGUUGGCGGACGGUUUGUCCAACGUUUGGACAAAUGUGACACCUUUUGAUAUGGAUGAAUGCAUUCAAAAGUGUGCGAAUCAUCACAAAGAUCAAUGUUUGUUGUCCUAUCAAUUUACGAUGUCAUAGUUGGUGUCAAUUAUUGUCAUAGCGUAAUUUCAAACGUUCACCAACCGAUCGCGCUAUACCUAUUGUUAGACUUAAGUGUUUAGGAGAUUCGUUUUGUAAAAGAGUUAAUGUUCGUUGCGCAAGUCGACAGUCUAUAGCAGAUAGUCGAGUCGACAGUCGACAGUCGAUAGUCGAUACGACGCCCAGUACGCGUUGGGACCAAAAUUUUUGUGUAGUCGCAAAUGAUUCCAUAUCGGUAUAGUUUGUUCUCGUGGUUGAUGUAAAAUAAGAAAUUUAUCGCCGAGCGCCGCCGUGAACCGCAAACCUUCGAUCGGUCGAUAGUUUUGACGCCACAAUGGCGUCCGACAAUUUAUGUUGUGACGUCAUUGGUUUGUAUUUAAGGAAGUCAUGAUUUAAAUUACACUACCAAGUUUUUACUGUUACUAAAAAAUAUCACAGCAGGACGUAAAAAUAAGUUUUUCACUUUUGUAUCUGAAGAUCGAAAUAAUGUACUUAAUUCCAAUUCAGUUGUUUUAGUAGGUAUAAAACUAUCGACAAUUCAAGUUUGCGAUUUGCGGCGGCCCUAAGUGUGACCGCUUUCGGGUUGUUGAAUAGAUAGGCAAUUGUUACGUAGUGAAUGUUUACAUGAGCUCAAAUCUUGCGACUUUUUCUUGUAUAAUUUGUACACGGACUAAAGGAAAAAGAUAGACGAAUUAUUAAUCAGUGUAUCUCUGAGCACGAGUUUGCAUAAUAUUUCGAAAACUUGACUGUUUACGAAUUUUGAGUGACAUCACAAAAUAAAAUACAAAAUUCAUUAUCAAACAAGUCUUAUAUUGCAAACUGCAUCUUAAAGACUGAUUAAAAUAAUAUACUAAUAUUAAAAUUAAAACAGUAUACAUUGUUAAAAACUAAUAAAAAAAAAUAGUCGAGAAAAAUAACAACCUUUAAUCAUUUUUAAAUUCGAAUAAUAAAGUAGAACAAUAAAAUCAAGACAACGUGUAUUUUGAGAGAUAAUAAUUGUAUAUUUGGAAAAUUUUAUAUAAUGUUACCGUUGUUAGUUUAAUCUUAUCCUUUUGGAUAAAUUAAUCUCUGGUAGAUUACUAAUUAGCGUAAUAGUAUUUAUUAUACCUUUUCACGUCAGUAUUUUUCAAACGUAUUUCUCAACCAUUGUUCUUGAUGAUGCAGUUUUCAGCAAUUCUUACAUAAAAAAAUCAUAAAAAGUGCGUACUUUUUGUACUACUUACAUUUAAUUUUACAAAGUUAUACUGAAUGAUGCACAACAAAAUUGUCAUGUUAUUUGUUUCUGAAACCAUUGCUACUCGUAUUUACUAGAAGCAGUAGCCUCGCUUCCUUUAAUAUUACCCUUAUAAGAUGCGAGGCGAAUGCUUCUGAUAUUACAGAUUACGUAUUUUAACCUUCUAUUCUUUUCCCUUUAGUCUCGAGGGUGCGCAUGCACGCCGGUCGUCGGUUAUUUCCACUUGAUAUUCGAUUAGUUGUGUAUUAUAUUAGUUAUGUUUCGUUCAUCAUUUUGUGAAAUGUUUCAUCUUUUCAAUGUCUUCUGAACUCAACACACGGAGAUUUGGAACGCCUUGUGAGGAGAGCUGUUGUGAUCCAUAACUCAUUUGUAAAAAUAAAUUAUUGUGAUACAAAAA